UGAUAAUGGUGAUAUAACAAAUGAAUAUAUCAGAGAUAAUGUAUAUAUAGAUGAUGAUAUUUACAGUAGUGAAAAUUCCGAAAAUUCUAUUAAUGAUAUUCCGACUGAAGCUUUGAUAAAAUUUGUUAAAUUGUUAUUGAAGGAAUAUGGAGACUCUGAUCACAAAUUGUUUCCAAAAUCAUUGUAUAAG